GUCAAAGUGUGCGAUUACUCAUCACGCUUUUGGUGGGAAUAUGAGUUCGCCACCACGCACAUUUACCUUAAAAUAAAAACACAUAUUGUGUGUUUUCUGAUAUUUAAUGAAAUGCAAACUAAACGACUGUUAUUCGUGUGCAUAAUAAAUCCAACAGUGUGUGCGUAGCGGCUCUUGAGGUGUUAAAAUCAUCCGGCAAACCAGGAAAAAGUUGCCUAUUGUUAGCUAGCAUGCUAACCCUUUAGCCAGCGCUAAUUCUGACGUUGCAACGAAGUCUAUUUAUCUCACUUUUCAACGCUCUGUUUACUGUGUCUAAACGGGACGUGUCCUUUGUUAGUGUAUUGUUAACUGGUUAAGUUAGCGUUAAGAGGAAAGACAAGCGCCUGUCUUGUUUAUCUUAACAACAACAACAACAACAACAUGCCAGAAAUCAAACUCAAGCACGUCGUUUCUUGCAGCACCGAAGACACCACUCACAAGGCAGACAACCUGCUGAGCUCCGACACCUACAGAAAGUGGAAAGCAGCGAGACCUGGGGAGAAGCAGACCUCAGUCAUUCUGCAGUUCGAGAAGGAGGAGCAGGUGCACAGCAUUGAUAUCGGGAAUGAAGGUUCAGCUUUCAUCGAGGUGUUGGUGGGGAACUCUUCAGCUACCAGAGACCAGGACUAUGAGGUCCUUUUGGUUACGUCUUCCUUCAUGUCUCCCACGGAGAGCCGUAACGGCACCAACAUGAACCGGGUACGUUUCUUUGGACCCGCCCAGCUGCAGAAGAGUUCAGCACAGGAGAAGUGGGACACAGUGAAAAUUGUGUGUAGCCAGCCGUACAGCAAGCACAUCGCAUAUGGACUGGCCUUUAUUAAGUUUCAGUCUCCGCCUGACAAAAAUGAACCUCCAACAUCUUCACCGAAACUGACAAAGCUGGGACAGUUCAGGGUGAAGGAUGAGUCUCCUUCAUCAGGGCCCAGCCUUCAGCCUGGCAGCCUCUUCUUCAGUCGGGAUAAUUCAGCAAAGUCCAGUUCUUCGCCUAAAGUGUCUCCUCCGAGUCAGAAGUUGAGUUACGCCGCUGCUGCCCUGCAGGCGGGUGGCAGCUCCCACACAUCAGGACAAGCUUCCUCCUCCAGCUCUGCCUCACCACAGCAGACAGUGAAAAGAAAGUUUGAGUUCAGCAAAGAGAGACAGUCUUCCUCUGUUCCUCCACCCUCCAAGAAAAUCAGCCCGGCUGGCUCACCUGAGAGCAAAGCUGCGACCCCCAAACAAAAACCGAGUCAAGCCAGCACACCGAGCGCCAGCACUGCCAAAGCUUCCCCGGCACAGAAAUCUGCAGAGAAGAAGCGAGAGGGCCAGCCCAAACCCGAACCUAAACCCAAACAACAGAAAGUACAAUCCCAGAGCUCACCGCAAGUCCCAUUCAAGCGGACAAUGGAGGGGGUGGUGUUUGUCCUCAGCGGCUUCCAAAACCCCUUCAGAGGGGAGCUGAGGGAUAAGGCUCUGGAAAUGGGAGCCAAAUACAGACCCGACUGGACACCUGACGCCACACAUCUCAUCUGUGCCUUUGCAAACACCCCCAAGUACAGCCAAGUGAAAUCAGCAGGGGGCAUCAUCGUACGGAAGGAAUGGGUGAUGGACUGCCACAAGAGGAAACAGAAUAUCUCCUUUAAACGGUAUUUGAUGGAUGGUGCCGAGUCGAGCUCGGAGAGUGAAAUGGAAGUGGACGAAGAAAGUGAAGAGGAAGUGAACACAAAGACUCCUCAGAAGCAGGAGAGAAAAGUGACGGCCAAAAAGACCCCAGAAAAGAGGGAUGAAGAUGAGUACGGGGGCUCCACUGACCUUGAUGAAUCAGGAGGGGAUGAUGAUGGAUCGGCCGUGGACACAGAGGACGAGCUUCGGAGGGUGGAGAACGAGAGCAGACAGAAGAAAGCAGCAGUGGGAAAGACGGUGAAAGAGGAGGAUCCAUACGGGGGGUCGACUGAUGAAAACACAGACGCUGAGGCUGAACAGGAUCAUCCCAUCCCAGAGCUCCCAGACUUCCUGAGUGGAAAGCACUUUUUCCUCUACGGCAAAUUCCCAAACAACGAGAGGCGUCUUCUGUUAAGAUACAUCGUAGCCUUUAACGGAGCGAUUGAGGACUACAUGACGGAGAAGGUGCAGUUUGUGGUUACCAGUGAGGGCUGGCACGACUCCUUUGAAGAUGCCCUGAUGGACAACAGCAAUCUGAACUUUGUCAAACCUUCCUGGAUUUACGCAAUCAACGAACGGCAAAAGAUGCUGCCCUACCAACCCUACACUGUUGUCCCCUGAAUACAACGAUGUAAUGUACACAAAGGUGUGUGUGCACAGACACUUCACAGGGGGAAGCCAUAGACAAACUGAAUUCUUUUCACAAACAAAAAAGCAAUAAACUGUUUCUUAUUAAUGAUGCUUUAUACUCGCUAUUCAUGAAAUGUCUUCUUCCUCAGAUGUUUUCACAACAGAUGUUUCUACCUUUUGACCAAGUAGGGAACUGUUUGAAAGGUGUCUGUCGAGGUUAAUGUUAGGAUUAAGUUUAGAUUUGUAAUUAGCUUUCAGUUAAACGGUUCUUCUUCUACCUUGGCCUCAGAGUACCAACCUUAUUGCCACUGUGCUGCAUGGACAUUUAAAGGACAAAGUACACUCUCUCUGAUUCAGGACUUGUUUGAAUGUCUGUGUUCCUGAGCUGCACUUUGCUGCUGCUGCGGCGGCUCACCUCGGCUACCUCAGGCUCCGUCUGAAGAAGACUUAUCACCCGGCCCUGAAUGCCAGCGGCGCUGAUAAGACCGUGACUGGUGUAAGCCAGCAGACCAUUUUUGAGACCAGCCUGACGUCAGGUGAAAAAGUGCCAUUUGUUUAAAAACGCAGCUAAUAAAUGCAAACGUUUUAAAAAUGAAUUAUUGGGGAUUGUGUUUGUAUUUUACUAAAUGUCAUAAGUGGUUGUGAUUUCUGUGGGUUGUUACAAGUUUAAUUUCACUUUCUUAUUUGCUUUUAUUGAUGUGUUUUGGUGUUAAAAAUGACAUGAAAUGGACUCACCUGACCUUUUCAUGCUUCAUUGGACACACGGCAGUGUGGACUCUGGCUUGUUUACGUCUUCAUCUUAAAAAAUGUUUUUGUUCUGAUUCUACUUAAUUAUUUUGUCUAAAUAAAUAAAAAAAGGUUUUUU